UAUAAAAGUAGUUAAGAAAUCGUUGCAUUAACAUGGAUACAGAAGUGAUUGACUGACGUGCCUAUGACCUUGUAUGCCGUGGCUUAUCAUAAUUUAUUUUUAUUUUCUUUGACCACGAACUAUCUAUACAUAGUUGAGAUCGUUCAUUCAAACAAAAGUCAAAUUGGUGUAACACGUGUUAAUAUGAAGUUCUAUUUAUUAAUAUUUUUUCUUUUUAUUAGCUAUAAAGUGAUACUCAGUAUUAGUGUUAACCAGACAAAUACAUAUAAUAAUACAAGAACUAACAACGGAAGCACUGUCACUGAACGAAAAAAAUUUUUUAGUUGGCCGAAUGGCACAAAAAUAAAAUUCCCCGCGACUGUUUAUAGAAAAUUAUUUAAAAACGGACAAGUUGAUUGUUUUGGACUCGGAGCAUCAAUUGCCAAUGGAUUUGACUGGCUGUUUCAACCUGGAGGCUCACAAGCUCAUGAGCUAGAUAUUCAAUUUUUUUUAACUUCAAGGAACCACCCUCACCGUGUGCUUGUUUUGACAGGAAAUCAAUUUGGGCUAGAGUGGACGGACUUUAAAAUUGAACGCAAGACAAUUAUUAUCGUUCAUGGAUUUCUAUCGGAUGGAGAAAUGUCUUGGUUACAAGACAUGGAUCAAGCUUUUCGUUUAUGGGAUGAUGUUAAUGUUAUAAUAGUGGACUGGAGUGCUCACGGCAACACCUGGAAUUAUUAUAAAGCUGCUGUUAAUACAAGAUUCGUGGGCCGUGAAAUCGCUAAACUUUUAUCUCACAUUGUAAAUGCAACGGAAUCAGCAUCUCUAGAGUCUCCGAAAACUAACUGGGGCUCGAUUCACAUGGUCGGGCACAGCCUGGGAGCUCACAUAUGUGGAGUAGCGGCUGAUGAAUUUAAAAAGUUUAAAUCGUCAUGGAAAAUUACACGGAUAACUGGACUAGAUCCGGCUCAGCCAUGUUUUUCAAACAGUAGUCUCUCAUUAGACGUUUCUGACGCUCCGUUUGUUGAUAUCAUUCACACGAACGGACAAUUAAUGACAAAACUUGGUCUGGGUCUUCCAGAGCCGAUAGGUCAUGUGGAUUUUUAUCCCAACGGAGGGAAAGCUCAGCCUGGCUGUCUCAUCCACCAUGGAUCAGCUCUCGAUUUUAUCCAUCUUCCAAAGCAUCUAAUAGAUGAAGCUAUUUGUAGCCAUGGACGCUCAUACGUAUAUUUUACCGAGUCAAUAAACGCAGCGAUAUUAAAAGACGGGAAAUUUUGGUCUCACACAUGGGAUGGAUCGUAUCGGAGAGCUAUGCAAUUACUCAAUGAAACCUGUGAUUCAAAUACUUGCAUCGAGAUGGGAAUCAAUUCAAACAAUUAUUUGACACGUGGUUCAUUUUUUACCGUUACUUCUAAAUCUAAGCCUUAUUACUAUGUUGAUGACAGAGACUUAUCAGAGUUAAUGGACCAACUACGGAAUGAUUUUAGCGAUGAGUAUCUAGACUAAUUAAACUUAAUGCUCCUUAUUACAUUAGUAAAAUUACAGUAUAUGUUUAUGUAUCAAAUGAUGUUUCUUCUAGAAUGCAAUCACGUACAAAUUACCAAUAAUUUAAAUAUUAAAUAAAUAAUUUAAAAUUGUACUAAUAAAAUUUGAUAAAAAAAAUUAA